AUGGAGAAACUCAAUGUGCCUCGGUCCAACACCGGCACCAACACAAACACAAACAUUGGCGCUCCCUCACCAUCGACUUCUUUCUCAAGCUCAGGGGAGAAGCCAACACAAUCGCCAGAGAGAUCUAGUACAGAUCCUCUGGCCAGUCCAAAACUGCAACAACACGAACAGGAACAACAUCAUGAGAAACAUGACCGUCAUGAUCUACACUACUACCACCCACGUCCCGACGAGGACAUCGAGUCGCGGCAUCGCCUGUCAGGCUCGGAAUCCAACAGUAGCCAUGACUACUCAGAUGACGAAGACUGCGAUGACCCCGACGAGAAAGAUCACCACCACGAUGGCCACAGGCCCUGCAGGCUUGAGAUGCGGCCAACCUGGUCACAACGGACCAGGAGCAGGCAAGGGAGUGUAGGCGCCAAUGCCAGUGCCAGCGGUCUGUCUAUCGAGCGGACUGUCUCCCGGAGAGACACUGUUCUCUCCAGGAUUAGGUCCCGGCCAGCCAUACCUGAGUUCACACACCCCCUGGUCCACCAGAAGACAUCAGAGGCCGACCUCGUCGACUUUGAUAGCCCAGAAGACCCGUACCGGCCCAUGAAUUGGCCCACUAAGAAGAAAUGCACCACAACCCUCCUCUACGGUCUUGUAACAAUGUCAGCGACGUGGGCAUCUUCAGCGUACUCAGCGGGCACGUCUCAGAUUGCGGAGGAAUUCCGAGUCAGCUCCCAAGUCGCAACUCUAGGGACGACCAUCUUCCUGCUCGGUUUCGGCAUUGGGCCCUUGCUCUGGGCGCCUCUUUCCGAGGUCUUCGGACGACGAGCAGCGGUGCUUACGCCUAUGUUCAUCGCCACCUGCUUCUCCUUCGCGACGGCCACAGCCAAGGACCUACAGACUAUCAUGAUCACACGCUUCUUUGGCGCCUUCUUCGCAUCUGCCCCUGUGACGAACACUGGCGGUGUGCUGGGCGACCUCUUCUCACCAGCGCAUAGGGGUAUAGCCAUGGCAGGUUACGCUCUCGCCGUGGUCGGCGGCCCUACGGUCGGACCAAUAGUCUCUGCUGCUGUGGUUCAGGUCCCCUACCUGGGCUGGCGUUGGACAGAAUACCUCACUGGGAUACUACAAGCCUUUAUACUUCUGAACGCUAUCAUCUUCAUCGAUGAGACCUACCCGCCCGUCCUCCUGGUUAAAAAGGCGCGACGUCUCCGACAUGAGUCUGGAAACUGGGCUUUGCAUGCCAAAUUUGAAGAAUGGGAUGUCAACAUUACCCAACUUGCAAAGAAGUUUCUCAUCAGGCCCAUCCAACUGCUCUGCACACCAAUAUGCUUCCUCAUGGCCCUCUACGCGUCCUUCUGCUACGGUAUCCUCUACAUGCAACUGGGCGCCGUCCCCUAUAUCUUCGGCGAGAUCAGGGGCUGGAAUCUCCUCUCAAGCGAGCUGCCCUUCCUCGCCAUAACCCUGGGCUCCAUCACCGGCGCGGCGCUCAACACAUUCAAUCAGCUCGCUUACAACAAGGCCUACGAGGCAGCCGGUCAGAAGGCUGUCCCCGAGAAACGGCUACCGCCAAUGAUGCUGGGUAGCGUCCUGUUUGCGGGCGGCCAGUUCAUUACCGCGUGGACCGCGGAGCCUCAGAACGCCCCCUGGAUCGUGCCUGUCAUUGGGCUGUACCUGAUGGGCUGUGGCUUUAACACGAUAUUCCAAGCGGCACUGAACUAUCUCGUCGAUACGUUCCGACAGUAUUCUGCGUCCGCCGUCGCUGCAAAUACGUUCCUCCGAAGCGUGUUCGCCGCUGGCUUCCCGCUGGCAAUCAGCCCUCUAUACCACCAGCUCGGCGUGGGGCCGGGCCAGAGCAUCUUUGCUGGGUUUGCGACUCUGUUGAUCCCCGUGCCGUUCAUCUUCUAUGUGUUCGGUAAGAGGAUUCGGGCAAAGAGCAAGUGGAGCAGGGCGAGCGUGUACUGA